GGAGAGGAAUCACACAGCGGGACACAAAGAGGAUCAAACGCGGAUUUAUCAGUUUGAUCUUUUAUUCUACUUCCUGAAGAAACUUUACCUCCCAUCUCAUUUUUUUAUUCUUCGAUUAUCGACACACAUCUGAUUAGAUUUUUUCCUGCUGUGUUCUUCAGUCCUGAACAGCGUUUUUGCAACAACAGUGUGGAGAUCAAAGCAUCCAGAGAGUCCAGUCCAGAGACCUCCUGCCUCUAUUUCUCGGAUAUGCAGCGGUGCGUUACUGGAGAGUUUUUAUUCACCUCCAAAUUCUGCAUGUUCCUGUAAGAAAACCAACUUUCAAACUUCUUGGUAUGGAGUGAUCCACCGAGGAGAGGAUCCACACAUUCUUAUCUCCCUCGCAGUGUAACGAUUAGAUGGCUGACUGACCCUCAGUCUCUCCUCUCACUGGGGAAAUCCUGUUUCUCAAUGGUUUACCACAGAAACAUCUGCUCUCCUGCUGCCUCUCAUUCUGUAAGAGACUGUUGAUAAAGUCCCCCCCCCCCGUCCCCCUCCUCACCAUCACCAUCAUCACCACCAUGGCAGCAGCUCCAGAUGCACCCUGCCUGUCGGAGCUCGGCGGACUCCCCAGCAGGAACAUCAGCCUCAUCUCCGGCACCCGACCCUGCAACCGCAGCACCGUCAGGACCUCGACCUACUCCCCGCAAGCCACCGCCGCCUUUGCCAUCUCCAUAACCUUCAUGAUGCUUCUGACCAUCGUCGGCAACAUCCUGGUCAUCAUCGCCGUGCUGACGUCCCGAUCCCUCAAGGGCGCUCAGAACCUUUUUCUGGUGUCUCUGGCUGCAGCAGAUAUUUUAGUGGCCACGCUUAUUAUCCCUUUCUCGUUGGCUAACGAGCUGCAGGGCUACUGGGCGUUUAGCUCCAUUUGGUGUGAAAUUUACCUGGCGCUGGAUGUUCUCUUCUGUACUUCCUCUAUUGUGCACCUGUGCGCCAUAGCACUGGACCGCUACCUGUCCAUCUCGCGGCCGGUGACCUAUGGCGCCAAACGUACCCCCAUGCGCAUCAACGCAGCUAUAAUUGUUGUCUGGCUGAUUUCGGCGGUCAUCUCGUUCCCUCCUCUUCUCUCGCUGGACAAGAGCGAAGGAGGUGAAGAGGUGUGUGAGCUGAACAAUGAGCGCUGGUAUAUUCUCUACUCAACCAUUGGCUCCUUCUUUGCUCCAUGUGUGAUCAUGAUCCUGGUGUACGUGAGGAUUUAUCAGAUUGCGAAGCAGCACACGCGCUGCCCGCCUGGGCGGAAGAGUAAAACAGCAGUGAGAGGAAGCGCAAGCGUUGCAACCAUCGAGCCUGGGGCAAAGUUAGCUGAACAGAACGGGGAUCAAGGAGGUACGACUGCGAGCCAAAGAGAAAAAGUUUCAACCAAAAUGUCUUGUUCAGAUUCCACGCCAUCAUCACUUCAAAAAGACCCUGAGAACAUCACGAGCCAGGACACUCAGCACCAUCCUCCUAACUCAAGUAUCGCUCAAGUCCAAAAAUCCACCUCUUCCCCCUCAAUCCCCAAACACGGCAGGCAAAUCCUCAAAGUUGUCCCCAAGAAACAACCCACCAAAAGAGUGGAAGCACAGACGGAUGUGCAUCUCGACAACAGCUCCAGCUCUGGCUCCGAGGCCGAGCUGGAAAUCUGCGAGAAAGAUGUCGCAGGUAAAGAAGAGGCAAACAAGACUGACGAGCAAAGCAAAAGGUUCAAAGUUCAGAUGCUGAAUCUGGCAGGCAGAUACAAAAACACAAUGGCCACAUCAUCUGGCACCAAACUGGUACAUGAGGGAGCUCAUAACAUUCAGGGGACACCCAUCUCUCGCCGCAAAGCCAUGGCGAACCGGGAGAAGCGGUUCACCUUUGUCUUGGCUGUGGUGAUGGGAGUGUUUGUGAUCUGCUGGUUCCCCUUCUUCUUGUCUUAUUCUCUCCAGGCGGUGUGUCCCGAGACGUGCAGCAUCCCCAACCCCUUGUUUAAAUUCUUCUUUUGGAUAGGUUACUGCAACUCCUGCCUCAACCCGGUCAUAUACACCAUCUUCAACAAGGAUUUCAGGAAGGCCUUCAAGAGGAUACUGUGCAGGAGCACAAAGGGUACGUUCUUCUAGAAAGGAGUGUUGUUAUGUUUUGAACUGCCGGCGGACCGAAAGACCUUUCAUCUGAAGAUAUUAUUUCUUCCUUUCUGUAUUUCUUUCUUGCAGUAUCGACAUAAACACUUGUACAUUAAGGAGGAAAUUCAUUUUCUAUGCUGCUUCUGUUUGGAGUCAGCCUGACAAAGAGGGAGAUUUCAGAGAGCCACAGUCAAGUGGCUGAAUCAAUUAUCUUUAAUGUUAUUUAAGAAUACGGUGUAAUUGUAUAUUCAGUGACUCUGAAGAAGAAUGAUUUGAUUAUAUUUUGAAACGGAUGUCAAAAGGAUACAGGGUCUGCGAUCAGUGCUUCAAAGGGUACAAACAGCUAGGAUGGUGUGUUUGUGUUUUUCUGUUUGUGUGUAUGCAUGGGUGUAGGGGAGAAUCGCCUAAGGGUCUUACUGGAAGAGAACAAAUAUCACUAAGUGUCCUUUAUCGGAGAUAAAAUGGGCACUCAAGGAACACAAGAUCAGGGAAAAUGUGAGCAUCUUCUUCUCUGUGCCUCUGCCUCUUUUUUUCUAUCUUUCCUUCUCCAUUUCUUCUCUCAUCUAAAGCUGUGAGUUGGAACAUGUACAUUAUGACGGAUUGAGGUUUUUUUUUUUUCCCUUUAUAUUCCCUCGUCUCUGCAAACCGUUGGAUGUUACACCUCGCGCUGGGAAUUGCUCAUUAAGGUGAUAGCCAGAGGCUUUAACAGGAAAGCUAGAACAACAAAGCUGAAAAUCAGCCGAGGUUGCAUGAAAAAGAUUGAAACUCUACAUGUGAAUCUGGUACUUGGAGGCAUCAGGAGCUGAGCUGUUCACUUCUCCCUGCUUCCUUUAAUCUUUCUUCCCUUUUAAUGUUAUUUUUUUUUUCUCCUCCUGUAAACUAAAAAUAACACAGGGAGUUAGCUGUUGCAGCUCAAGGUGUGCUCUCAUUGAGAUUUUGAUUUCUUUGCAAUAUUUAAUGAACAUGAUGGACAGCGAGCUCUCUGCCAAAGCAAUAGAGACUGUAUCUGAACCCGGCUCUGACCCCGGCGAUGAGCAGAAUCGCUGAUGAAGAUGCUCCUCUUUACUCUGGACUGAUCUUACUUUAUGGGAUAUGUGGGUGUGAAUAUGUGUGUUUGUGUGGCUGAGUGUGUGUGCAGCUGCAUGUUUUUUUUCAAAAUGCACUUAUUCUGUUUUGAAAGCCAACAGAAAUUUGCUUGAGUACUGUACACACAUGUAAGAUAACACUGGUGUCAGAAGCAGCUUUGUACAGUAUUAGCUUAAACAUAAAACAAUAGUCUUGCUUGUUGUUUUAAAGUCCAACUGAAAUUAAAUUGCAUGUUUUUUUCUGCUACAGUACGCAGAUCUACUCUGUGAAACACAUGUUCUGUGUUCAACAAAACAAGA